AUGGCUCUGGCAGAACCUGUCAAAACUGCGCAAGGGCUAAGAUUCGAUGCAUUCGUUCUGAGGCUACAGGAAGUUGCGACCGGUGCGCUCGCUUGGGGAAAUCCUGUCACUUCCGGGAGGGCCGAAGUAAGGAUCGAGGCCUUGGAAUCCAAAGUAGAUCAGCUGCUGGCCCAAUCAGGGGCGAUAAUUCCGACAAACGGUGACACGGCCGAGGUGACUUCGAGCACUUCUGCGCAGGCCAAAGAUGUCAUCGACCAGGGGCUACUUACUAUAGACGCCGCCAACAUGCUACUGAAUGAAUUCCGAACCACACUCAUGCCACACUGCCCGUUCGUGAUAAUCUCACCGCAGAUGACUGCCGAAACACUGCGAAGAGACAAGCCGUUUCUUCUUCUCACGAUUCUCACAGCCGCUCUGCAUGACAAUAUGCCUCUACAGCGUAGACUCGAGAAGCAGGUAAAGAAGGUGAUCAGUGACUGCAUGAUCUUUGAUGGCACGGUCUCGUUCGAGAUACUCCAGGGGCUUUUGGUUCACCUGGCGUGGUGCCAGUAUCACUCUAGACCCCGUCGGUUCUCUCAAUAUCUACAUCUUGCGAUCAGUAUCAUCACUGAUCUACAACUCGACCGUCCCCCUGAAAAUCGAUUCUGGAGAACCAGAGUAAAUUUCGAUACUGGACUGGAUAGAAAGUCUGUGUCCUGGGGGCGGGAAGAAAAGAGAGCUGUUAUUGGAUACUCCUAUCUGUCAUCUUCGCAAGUAUCUCCAUAUCUCCAGACAACGGAUACUUGGAUACUACAAAAGGGAUGCUCCUUCCCAUACUCACCAUAUUUUGAGAGUAUGUGCAAGUUAUUGGCCACAGAUGCAGAGUAUCCGUCAGACAGAUAUCUCCUCCAUAUUGUGCAGCUCCAACAAAUUUCCGAGAAAAUCACACUGGUUUCAAUGCAGCAUGUCCCAAAAAUCCAGAACUCCAGCUUUGGACUCGAGCAUUACUACCGCGAGUUGAAAUCUGAAAUUGAUCUGUACCGAGCCAACUUGCCAUUUCUCCUGACCGAAAGCCAGAUCCUCUUUAUGCAGUUCUAUACUGUCGAGAUGUAUCUAUGCCAGAUCACACUCUUCGACCACAAGCCCGGCGCACAAGCCCUACGCCACGAGUCGUCCUUCCAGAUUGAAGUGUUGCGUAUGGGACUCACCGCAGCCAAGACGUUACUCCAUUAUUACAUGUGCCUACCCCUAGGCUGCGAUGCCAAGUUUCCCAAUGUAGGAUGGGUUCAACUCGGGUUUGCAGUCACGCUUGCGUGCAAGCUAGUGGUAGCAGCAUCUGAGCCUUCAGUCCAUCCUCACACGGUCGAUUUGUGCCGUGCGCUGGAUAUCUCUAACACAAUGAGACAAUGUAUCCUUCGCAUCCAGGCGCUCAUCACGUCAGAUAUGGAUGCUUCUGGGGACAGGGAUGUAUUCUUUCACUAUGAGAAGCGCCUGAAGCGUGUACAAUGGUGGUUCGAAAGUCAAGCGAUACCGGAGCCGAAUAAUGAUUAUUCCCAUCAUGAUGCGCCACUUGCCGAAGGAAUUGAUCCACCUGCCGGAGACCCAGGCAAUUGUGUUGAUACUCUGCAGUCAGCAUUGAACGGUCCAGACAACUACAUUCAUUGGCCGGGCUUCUUCCCAGACACGGCAAUUGACGAGAUGUAUAUCGACUGGAUCGCACAUUCGACGACAUCAUUUGACCAGCAGCAUUUGGGCUAG